ACACUUGAGUGUGACACGUCAGACUUUUAAACCCCCAAAAAAUUAAAAACCUUUCAAAAAUCAAAAACCUUUCAAAGUUAUAUUCUCAAAUCGAAACUUGGGAAGACAUAUCAGUUAAACUUUCCUCCCUAAACAUACCCCUUCUUCCUACAAUUUGCCACACCUUGUUCUCACUAAAAUUUGCCGCCUCCAAAACCACAGCAGAGGCUGGCGGCGAAUCAACAACAUUAACAUAGUGGUAACAAUUAGUAAAACCCUGUUUACAAAAACAAAACCUAGCUAUCUCGCACAGAAAUUAGUGUAAUUAAUGGCGUCGCGAGGAGAAGCUGGGAACUUGCUAAAAUCGACGACCAUUAAUGGAGUGAAGGUGUACUCCGUUGUUUCACAACAACGCUCUGUCGCUGCUUGGCUCCCUCCCAAGAAGCAAAGAGCUCUUCGUAGAAACAGCGAUUAUCAGCGAAGAGUGGAAUUAAUUCAGGACUUGUGGUUUGAAACUGCAACCACUAAAAUCAAGGCUACUCCUGAUGGAGAGUUUCUUAUUGCUUCAGGUAUAUAUCCACCGCAAGUCAAAGUAUAUGAGUUAAGGCAAUUGGCAUUGAAGUUUGAGAGGCACUUGGAUUCCGAGAUAAUUGAUUUUGAGGUAUUGGCUGAUGACUAUUCAAAGCUUGCAUUUUUAUGUGCUGAUCGUUCUGUUUGUCUACAUGCAAAAUAUGGAAAGCACUUUACUUUGCGGAUUCCCAGGAUGGGGGGAUAGGGCAUAUGAUUGCUGGUCUGUGACUUGCUUUGUGCUGCUACAUCUCCAGAUUUAUAUAGAAUUAAUUUAGAACAGUUUCCAGAUAAAGAAAAAAAAGUUGGGAUGUUUAAAGCAAUUGCCAACAAAUAUAGAUCUAUGCUGAACUCUUCCAAUCUCACACUCCAAUCUGUAAAGUUGCCUCACAAUUCACUUGCAGCGGCUUGUAGAAUCACUGAGGCUUGUUUGACAAUUUCAGCAAACUUCAUGGCUGUUGCUUGUGGUGGGGAAGAUGGUGCUGUGGAAUGUUUUGCUGAGACUGAUCUUCAGUUGGUCGAAUUAAUCUGUGCUCCUGCUGGGAUACUUACCAGAUGGGAUGGAAGGAAUAUAUGUACACAUAUCAAGAAUGAUAUAUGUGUAUCCUUAUUGUUUCACCUGAAGUUGUUUCUCACUAUAUUUGCUGUUUUUGCAGGAGUUACUGCAUUGGAAUUUGACACUAAUGGGGGUUUCCAAUGAGUUGGAAGUAGCACGGGGAAGGUGUUGAUUUAUGAUUUGCGUUCCUCAUAUCCUAUACGAAUCAAGGAUCACAUGUAUGGGAGUCCAAUAUUGGAUAUUAAGUGGCAUCAUAGUCUUAACACUGAACGACCACAAUUGAUUACAACAGACAAUCAUGUUGUCAGAAUAUGGGACCCUGAGACGGGAGAAGGCAGGACCCCAAUUGAACCAUCAGGUGGGAAGAUAAACGAUAUAUGUGUGUUCAAAGACAGUGGGUUUGUGUUGCUGGCUUUAGAUAGCAGCCAGAUACCAGCUUACUUCAUACCUGACUUAGGGCCUAGUCCCAAAUGGUGUGCUCCAAUGGAAAACAUGACGGAAGAACUAGAGGAAGGUGGGCAAACAACCAUAUAUGAUAACUACAAAUUUUUGACUAGAGAAGAUCUUGAAAAGUUGAAUUUGACUAGUCUGAUUGGCACCAAUCUUCUUAGAGCUUACAUGCAUGGCUUCUUUAUUGAUUACCGAUUAUAUAAGAAGGCAAAGGCAAUAGCAAAUCCUUUCGCAUAUGAGACCUAUAAAGAGGAGCAGAAACAAAGGAAACUUCAAGAGCAACGAGCAUCUAGAAUUACGGUGAAUAUUUAUAUUGCUAAGAUCAGUGAAGAACUAGAGGAAGGUGGUCAAACAACCAUAUAUGAUAACUACAAAUUUUUGACUAGAGAAGAUCUUGAAAAGUUGAAUUUGACUAGUCUGAUUGGCACCAAUCUUCUUAGAGCUUACAUGCAUGGCUUCUUUAUUGAUUACCGAUUAUAUAAGAAGGCAAAGGCAAUAGCAAAUCCUUUCGCAUAUGAGACCUAUAAAGAGGAGCAGAAACAAAGGAAACUUCAAGAGCAACGAGCAUCUAGAAUUACGCUUAAAAGGAAAUUACCCAAGGUUAACCGUGGUCUUGCAGCUCGUAUACUUGAAAAUGAAGAAGCAGAAAAUGAAAGUAAAGAUGUUGAUGAAAAUGAGACUAAGAAGAAAUCCAAGAAGAAGAAAGGCCUUGGCAGUGAUGUUUUCAAAGAUGACCGGUUUGCAGCAAUGUUUGAAAAUAAGGACUAUGAAAUUGAUGAGUUCUCGCCAGAAUAUCUUGCUCUACAUCCUCUGGCUUCUCAGAAGCAACCAUCUCUGGUGGAGGAACAUUUUGAACCUGUAAUGGAGGAUGAAGAUCAGAGUGCGAGUGAUAAUGAUGUCUCAGCAGUGUCUCAGUCAUCAGAUGAUGAGCUUGGCAAGGAUAAGAUGAAUAAGAAAUCACGAGCUCCUAGAUUGUAUGAAGUUAAGGAUGAACGGCAUGCAGAAGCAUUUUGGAACCGUGUAUCACUUGCAAAAGAGGAUGCUCUUCCUAUGGGAGAGAGAUUGAAAGCUCUCCAUAAUGAUCGGCAAGCUUCUGGUCUCCCAAGUGAUGUGAAGAUGGGACCAGGAGGCUCGCGAGAGAUUUCGUUCACUACUAGAAACUCAGCCAAGUACAAGGAAGAUGAGGAGGACAAAGAGGCACAUCAUGUAAAAAGGAGAGGAAUCCAAUCAUUAAGGCUGAAACCAGAUAGAUCGGGAUCACGAGGCCGAGGCCGAGGCAGAGGCAGAGGCAGAGGUAGAGGUCGAGGAGGUAGAGGAGGCAAUCGUGGGAAUAGUAGGGGAGGAAGAUGAUUAUCAUAAAUUCA